AAAAAAAAAAAAAAAAAAAAAGUCACAACAAGCUAAGGUCUAUAUUGUCAUUUAUACAGUUUAUCAUCAUGUUCAUAAAUUAGCUGUUGAAGUACAAAAAGGUUUAGAUUCAACUGGUGUAGCUACAAAAAUGUUCCAAGUACAAGAAACGUUACCUGAAAGUAUAUUAAAAAAGAUAAAUGCACCUCCAAAGCCUGAUUUGCCUAUUAUUAAACCUGAACAAUUAACUGAGGCUGAUGGUAUUAUUUUUGGAUUCCCUACAAGAUUUGGUUCAAUGCCUAGUCAAGUGAAAGGAUUAUUGGAUGCCACAGGUGCUCAAUAUGCUAAGGGGGCUCUGAACGGAAAAUUCGCUGGGACUUUUUUUAGUACUGGAUCUCAGCAUGGUGGACAAGAAACAACUGCAUUAACAACAAUUCCUUAUUUUGUUCAUCAAGGCAUGACUUAUGUCCCUUUAGGUUAUCCUCCUGCAUUAUCAGACAAGUUAAAUAAUGUGUCUGAAGUGAUAGGUGGUUCUCCCUAUGGAGCUGGUACAAUUGCCUCUAAUGAUGGCUCUAGAAAUGUGUCCCAAAAGGAAUUGGAUAUUGCUCACUAUCAAGGCAAAAGUUUUGGUGAAAUCAUACGUGCUUAUGUUAAAGGAAGAAAUGUGUUUAACAAAAUAGAAGAACAAUAAAAAAAAAAAAAAAAA